AUGGGAUUAUGGUCCUUUUUCGAAAAUCGUGCAAACCGCCUACACGGAGAGUACCGCCCAUUGCUCCCUGCCUACAGCGCCGAUGAACAAAGUCCUGCGCUUCCUGCAAAGGAAGUAACAAAGAUUGCGCUACGUCUCAAAUAUCAGAUCGAACAGGUCAUUCCAUACGAAUUGCAGCAGUCGCUCAUUACCAACCCCAACAGCAGCGUCAUCACCAAGGACGUCAUUCGCACAGCAAAGGAGGCUGGUGGAGAGGAGUAUCGUGCUUGUGUUUUGUUCUGUCUCUUGGUCUGUCAGAAAUGGUUUCAUACUGAAGGUCUAAACGCGCUAUGGGACUCGCCGCUGUGCGACUGCCGAGCGCUUGCUUGCCAGGUGAUUGCUAAGAAAUUAAUCGAGUCCGAAGAAGAUCAAGAAUGGCUCCACAAAGAAGCGCUCCUGAAGCGUUACUCGAUCCUUCGCAAAGGCGAAGUGACACCCCCCGUAAACGUGGUUGAGCGUGCAGUAGACAUGCACGCCCUGUACAUCAUAGGCUCGUCGGGAUACCAGAAAUGCAUCAAGGGCUUAUGGAGAGGGUGGCUGGUGCAGGACGACCAAGAACCGUUCCGAUUUGUGGACUUUGAGAACAAGAGCAAUAUAAGCUACUGGACGCACUUCGAUCCCGACCGUAUGAGAGUUCCACUGUAUCAGAAUGCGCUUUUGAUAUUUUUUUCUCUGCUCUACCUGGCGCUCUAUACGAAUGUGAUCAACACCGUCAACCCGGACGGUGAUAUUGAUGUCGCUGAAGGGAUACUCUACACCAUGACGCUUUCGUAUCUGUGUGACGAGAUUUCGAAAAUCAUCAAGAUCGGUAAAUACUACAUUGGAUUUUGGAAUGUUUUCAACUUCACGCUCUUCAGUUUGCUAGCGGUCUCGUUUGUGCUGCGCAUGGCUGCCCUGGCCCAGUCUUCGGAUGUGAACGAUGCGCAGCGCCGUCACUUCAAUCAAAUGAGCUAUAACUUCCUCGCCUUCACCGCCCCCAUGUUCUGGAUGCGUCUACUCUUGUUCCUCGACACGUUCCGCUUUUUCGGUGCUAUGUUGGUUGUUCUCAAGGUUAUGAUGAAAGAAAGCUUGAUUUUCUUUGCUCUUCUCUUUGUCGUUUUGGUUGGAUUUUUCCAGGGCUUCAUUGGUCUGAAUAACACUGAACUCGCAGUACCGGUCACCAGCAAGAUUCUGAAAGGGAUGGUCAACAGCAUCAUGCAGAGCCCUGACUUUGAUGCUUUUGAGGAUUUUGCGCCUCCUUUUGGGAUAUUGCUUUACUACGUUUUUAACUUUAUUGUGAUGAUUGUAUUGUUGAAUAUCCUCAUUGCGCUUUACAACAGCUCUUAUGAAGAUAUUUCCGGAAACGCAGAUGACGAGUACAUGGCCCUAUUUUCUGCCAGAACGCUGCAAUACGUGCGAGCUCCCGACGAGAACGUCUUUAUUCCACCGUUCAACCUCAUCGAAAUCCUCUUCCUCAUCGUCCCCUUCGAAUGGUGGCUCUCCACUAAAUCCUACGAACGCCUCAACGACAUCGUCAUGUCCAUAAUCUACUUCCCUUUACUUCUGAUAACGGCCUACAUCGAGACGCGCGAUGCGCGCUGGAUCCGCUGGAAUCGGCGUCACGGCGAAGCGGACGACACGGUGCGUCAGGAAUGGGAAGAUCUUGCGCAUGAGGUUGGGUUUGAUGGUUUCGAUCAAAGUGAUGAGUGGGUUGUGGCUGUUGGCAAGACGAAGCCGAAUGUUGAUGUGACGGUGGCGGAGUUGGGGAUUAGGGAGCUCAAGGAGCAGGUUAGGCAGUUGACGGAGAUGGUUGAGGCGCUGACAGAGAAGCGAAGGCAGGAUUCUACUGAAGCAGGGAGCUGA